UGUGACAAAUAACAUUUGAUUUGAUUUUGACAUUUGUUUAUAAGCAGGGGUGAAAGUAAGGCGGUAUGGUCCAGGCAGAAUAAAGUGUGGUACGCCAUACCAGUUAAAAGUAAGUCUAUCACAAUUAAAACAACAAGCCCAAAAAACUACAGGCUAUUAUACCAUUAUUUGACAUUACUGCAUAUCAGCCGCAUGAAUAAUUAGCGAAUUGACUGGAAAUCGGUUGGUAUACGCUCCAAAUUGAGUUGUGGUUUGAGGAGAACACUAACAUGUUGCCAAGGCAGAGAUGCGUGGCCGAAACGCCCGCGGACAAGACGGAGCUGAGUGGCCGAGACCGUGGCGCGCGUGGACAUCCGUGGAUGCAUCAAUUCAGCUACAAGUGUAGGCCUAAUGACUUUGUCAAUGGGUCAGUGUCGCUUAAGUUUUUUUCCAACAAUAAUUUCGUCCUCCAGAUUAGAUGGAGGUCAUAUUGUAUUUCUGUCUCCCCUUUUCGUAGGCUAAUUAUAUAUGGACCAGACAUCGUUUUUAUUGAUCUGUUUGUCAGUGUCAGCAGAGUAGGCUCCCAUGUAUAUUUUAUCAUAUAAAAAAAGAGUGCGCGCACUUGGAUAUCCCGUACCCGUAAGAAAUUAAAUCUACUUUCACCCUCUGUUAAUACGUAUUUUCAGCUGACGAAUGUCUAUAUUAUUUGGAAAAACCCUAUUCGUUCCGCAUACCCAUUAUUCUAGUGACUCAAUUCCCAGAAUGUGUAAAGGGCUGGCUGCAGGUCUAGUGGGCGGAGAUAAUCGCACCGAUUCUUGGAAAGUGAUUAGGGGGAAGGUAGUGUUGAGGUCCGAUUCCUGGCAGCAAGACCGAAAGACUGAAUUACUAUGAUGAAUUUAGACUCACCAGGAACGAGCUAAAUUUGUAUUUAUUUUUACACUGGCAUUCACAGUAACAGAUUUCAAAUAAUAAAAUGUGGACAGGCUCGGUGGCGGUGCGCAUGACGUCAGAAGCUCCGGUGUACUGAACAGUUCUCAGAAUAGAAUCACAGAGUAUAAUUCUUGGAAUUGGUUCAUUUUAAAAGCCGAACCCACACACCCUCCCUCACAUACUAAGAACCCAUUUUAGAGACAACACUCAUCUGCUGCUCUGUAUCCUAUAUUUCUACAUUUCACAUUUAUUUUAGUGCUUUUGAAUGAGUUUAUUCAUUUUCGGAUGCGUCUCUAUUCACUGAACAUUUGCGUGAGACAUUAAUUAGAAUAAAAUAAUUACAUUCCUUUGUAUAGACCAGCUAUAUUUUCGUAAAAACCGCUGUGGAAUUAGACUAUUGUGGAAUAUUGAAGACUCACCGUCAUGAUUCUUUGUGUUCAAGGUCUCUUGUUUACAGCCCCAGACCACUGCUGUCUGGCAGCCCCACAGAGGGCCCUGUGGGCAUGCGGACAGGGAGCAUCUCCUCACCUCACUGCCUUCACAGCACCCCUCCACAGUGGGACCCCACGAAUGAUCUGCGCACCAUCGCCAAAAACUUCUUCUACCUUGAUACCUCAGGUAAUGCAAAUCGAAUUUCCAAACUGUAAACUCCUCCCAACAGGCUCCCUGAAACCCUUUCAUGGUUUUAAUGUUUUUGGUAACAAUAACUACUUGCAUUUCAGUUCGUCCAGUCGACUGCUUACUACAGGAUUACUAAAAUCUAAACCAUUGAAUAAGUUAAUAAACUUUGACCUCUCACUCUUUGCAGGCUGGUACUGGGGAGCCAUCACAGCAAGUCAGGCCCAUGCAGCUCUCCAGGCAGCGUCAGAGGGGGCCUUUCUGAUUCGAGACAGCAGCCAUCCCCUGUACAUGCUGACCCUGUCUGUUAGGACUGCCCGUGGCCCCACCAGUAUACGCAUCCAGUACAGUGGAGCCCGGUUUCUGCUUGACUCCAGCUCGCCAGCCCGACCCAGCCUUUUGUCCUUUCCUGAUGUGCCUAGCAUGGUGCAGUACUAUGUAGGACCAACAAGGAAGGUACAGAAGGGCAAGGUGGAGGAGACUCAUGGCACACAGCCCGCCCAGAGGACAGUUCAGGAGAGCACAGUAGUGCUGAAGCUCAAGCGGGCCCUGCACAAGCCCCAGGCCUUCCCCUCCCUCCAGCACCUCACACGCCUCACCAUCAACCGCAGCACAGGCUGUCCGGACCAGCUGCCACUGCCACGCCCACUGGUGCGCUACCUGCAGGACUACCCCUUCCAUGUAUGAGGGUCCUCAAGUGCUGAAUUAAACAAAACAGCUCAACUAAACCUUGAGGAGCGCUGUCAGUAAGAGGUCCCUGGCAGCUGGAAACAACAUCACUGCACUGGAAACUAAUGGAGCCACAUCAGACAUACGGUUGGUCAUGAGACCAUGUUUGGGAAAGAACCUUCCAGAAAAUGGUGCCUGGUUUUGGAUUUCUCAGAGGGAAGUGGGGUUCUGUGUACCACCCCAAUUCACAGAGGUGAUUGACUGGAAAACACAUGGUGCUAACUGUAGUGUAUCCUCGUGCUAUGAGGGGUAACAUUUUCUUUCUGUUUCUGAGCAGUGAAUUGCUUUUCAGUCACAGAUGUAAAUUGUUUAAUUUUUUGUUUAGUCAACAUUGUCAUUUUUUACCGCCCCGACA